UGUAUUUUGCAAACGCACGAGCACUCACCCUUGCUUGGGUCAGCAAUAUUUGUUCAUUUAAAGCAGGAAAAUUUUGAUUUUGUACAGAUAGAGUGGGAAAAAGAGGCGGGCAAAGGCGCACGGAGAAGUGAGAGAGAAAGAGUUAGGGAGAGAGUGGCAGAGAAAUCUUAUCGUGUGGUAGAGGCAGAGAGCCGCCUGACAGGUGAGGAGGGAUCACUGCCUUGCACGCGCUCAGGUGAUCAACUGUGCAGAUGCCGACAGAUGUGCCCGAAGACGGAAUCAGAAGUGAUGAGGACCCGGUCAAGUGUGACACCAUGACCCUGUCCAACACGCCGGCCAUUCGCAGGGGAAGCACCCCGCUGCCAAUCAAGCACCAGCUCAGACGGGAAGAGGCCGUCCAUGAUGACUGCGAUUGGUCCUCGGAUGCCGCUGGACCGUCAGCUUCCCCGAUCCGCUUCAGUCCCGCCUUGGAUGACACGUCGCCGGUGACAGUGGAGGGCAGGCCCGAUGGCCCCUUGAGGAUCGCCCUCCUGGGGCAGAACGGCGUGGGGAAGUCGUCUCUGGCUUUUGCCCUGGCAGGGGAUGUGGACAGGAUGGCGUCAGUGGAUUCUGACGGGGAAGGUCACAUGCACGCCGUCAUUGUGGACGACGAGGAGAGCGCCAUUGUUAUCUACGACAGCUGGAGACAUGACCUGUCGGCACUGCAGUGCGAGGUGUGCGUGCUGGUGUUCUCUGUGACCGACAGGCGGAGCUUCCACCGCACAGCUCAGCUCCGCCUCCUCCUGCGAGAGACGCAGCCGCAGACCCCCAUCAUCUUGGUGGGCAACAAGAGCGACCUGGUCCGCUCCCGCGAGGUGACCUCCCAAGAGGCCAUGUCAAGCGCUGCCCUCUUCAACUGUCUGUACUUGGAGAUUUCAGCCUCUCUGGACCACCGUACCCAGGAGCUCCUGGAGUGCGCCGUGCGGUUAGCACGGGGCCAGCCCCCGUGGGCCCCGGGGACCAGCCCGGAAGACAUGAGCGGAGGCGGCCAGCGAGAAAGCAUCACCACGCGGGCCAAGCGUUUCCUGUCCAGCCUGGUUCCCCGGUACCAGCGCGAGCGGGACGUGGGCAAGUUCCUGAGGCAGAAGUCCCGCUCCUGUCACGACCUGGGGGCGCUGUGACCGGUACGAUGGCGUUGGCUAAUAGGCUAACUCAGCUAGCUGAAUGUUAGGUUAGGAGUGAGUGUGAUGACAAGCUAGUUUCCUAUUUUGUACAACAAGGAAGAAGAUGUGUAAA